AUGCCUCUGCAGAAGUCGUUCUCAGACCAGAAUUAUUCUGCUAAGGCAAGACAAAAGCAGCAGAAUCGUCCACAAUGGAGCCGAAAUAAGAGCUUCCCAGGACAGCAGCCUCCAAAGCAAAACCCCCCGUCGAAACCUCUGCAGGAGAAGCCACAUGUUCCAGUCUCAACGGCUACCAAGAACAAGCUCAAUGUGUUCCAAUUCGGCGAUUCGAAGGCGGUGUCCUCAGAGAAGGUCGUGAUAAACCUGCUAUCCAAUGAUGACAAGGAGAAUGCGGAUUCGGGCAGUAGAGGUGGCCCUCAAAUUGUCCCCGAGGGAAAGAAAAAUAUAUCAGAAGAGCAGGCUGCUCUAGCAGAUCUGCCAAUGGCGAAUUUACCCUCGACCCCUGGAAGCAGACUGGCACUUCCGGACCUGAUUGGAAUGGGGGAUAUUAUACGAGCAGUUCAAAACGUAUCUCCGGACGAGCGUAUAGAAUGGGAUUACGACAAGGACAACGAACCAACCUCUUCGUCAUCUUUCCGGGGCAUCAGGAGAGCAAAGAAACGAGCGAGAAGUUCCUCACCAGUGAACUCUUCACCAGCCCUCGCCUCAAAUCACUUCUCUGCUAAGAGUGGAACUGCAAAUCCACAAGUCGACCCGGGAUCAGAACUCUGGGGCCGCUAUUCCCUCAACGGAUCUAAUGCUCUUACCCCUCAGGGCCCAUCGGUCCCUGCAUUGGCACAUUUGAUGCAGACGUCUUCGCCCCAGCCCUCGAAGGAAGGAACGACCCCAAGAUCAACAAAUGGGUUUAGAAGAGCCAACAGCUGCGGCAACCAAUUUCCCAAGCGCCGAAGACUCUGUGGCCCUGAGGAUGGUGAUGUAUUCACAGAGUCAGCAAGUAUUGGGCCGUCGAAGCUUUCAGUCCUGAUUGAGAGAGUCCAAGAAGGCAUGACUCAACCCAAACGGUCUUCAACUGAGAGCUCCAGAUCGCCAAAUGUAUUAUCGGCAGAGAGAUCAUCCCCUACCGAUGAAAAUAACUCGCCAAUGCAUCACAAAGAACGCCGUGGGGCGAAGGCUAUGAAGGCUAUGGCAGCGAAUUCCGUACCCCAAAAUUCACAGGUGACAAGCUACGAUUUCGAUAGAACUUCUCAGCCCAAGGGAGCUCCGGCGAAGUCGGACUCUUCAGACUACGGAGACUUUGAUGAUGACGAGCUUGACGCAACCUUUCUCGAAGUACUGGAAUCAAACCCAACGCAGCCCAUAUUGGAGAACACGAUAACAUCAAACUCCAUUACACGGAUUAACCCCUUUUCAAAAUCACCGCAAAGACACCGUAAUAUAAACCUACAGCCUCCAUCAGUCAAGGCGUCGAAAGAUUCGAGCACUCUGAAAUCUACAGACGAAUUUGGUGGUUUUGAUGAGGAUGUGUUGGGAGACGAUCUUGAGCAGGUUCUCUCGCAAUUCGACAGAAAAGCUCCCAGUCCGAACGUGAGGAAAGGUGCAGCUAAACCAUCGGGACUGGUCAACAGUCUCGGGGCGUCAAGAAGGGUGGCGUCAGUAGCAGAUUCUGAUGACGAAUUUGGAGAUGAUGGCCUAGAUGAAUUUGAUCUUGAGGCAGCAGAAGUUGCGGCUACUCAGUCUAUGCAGCAAACAGCCAAUGGUCUAUUACCUUCCACACAAAAACAAGCCAUCCAGCGAUACCUAGUCACAAGCAUCAUAGAAUCCGAAUUUGAAAAUGCCUAUGGAAGCAAACAGAAAGAAAAAAUCCUCUUCCUCCAGGCCGAGAAACAAAAUACAACCGUCUUUGUUAACCUCCGCGGCUGCUGGUGGGAUAGCCCAGUCACGGAAGAAGCUUAUGUUCACAUUAUUGGGCUUUUCAAGAAUGGACGUUGCAUAAUCGACGACGAGAACAACAUGCUGAUCCUACAUCCUGAUCAUCUGAUUUCCUCCACAACGGUUGCGGACUCCUUUGGCUGCUCUCGCAGGGCUGUGCUCCAAGAUAGGGUUAAGGCGACGAGCGAUUCUUCCCCUCCCCUAGUGUAUGGUACGCUCUUGCAUGAAAUAUUCCAAGCUGCGAUGACUGCCAACAGAUGGGAUUCCGAGUGGUUGAGCGAGCUCAUUGAAGACGUAGCCACGAGGCAUGUCGAGGAUCUUUAUACCAUUCAGAUUCAGAUUCCUGCGGCCAUAGAACAUCUACAGAGUAAGAUGGCCGAGCUUCAGUCCUGGGCAGAACUGUUCAUUUCCUCUAAACCAAAGCCCGAAGCCAUAAUCAAAGCCAGACAUGGCGAGAAGGCCACCAUGUGCGUCAGCAAAUUGCUUGAUGUCGAGGAACAUGUCUGGUCGCCAAUGUACGGUCUCAAGGGCAACAUUGAUGCUACUGUUCAAGUCACAAUGAAAGAAGGCAGCAAGAGCAGAACACUGACUGCCCCAUUUGAGGUCAAGACCGGCAAAAAUCCGAGUGCUUCACACAGAGCACAAACCACUCUUUAUAAUCUUCUUUUGUCUGACCGGUAUGAUGUUGAGAUCGCGUACGGUAUCCUUUAUUACAUGGAAACAUCGGAAACAAUCAGAAUACCGGCAAUUCGGCACGAACUUCGCCAUAUGAUCAUGCAGCGUAAUGAUCUCGCUUGCUUUGUACGGGAACGGCAUUCACAUCUACCUCCUAUGUUAAAAAAGGAACACAUGUGUAACCGAUGUUAUGCGAAGACGACUUGUUUUAUAUAUCACAGACUUGCUGAUGAUGGGAAUGGCGAGACGAGUGGAUUAAAAGCGAAAUUCGAUGAUGUCGUGAAGCAUCUGACUCCAAAACAUAAGGAGUUCUUCCUGAAAUGGGAUGACUUGCUCACGAAGGAAGAGAAGGAAUGUCUCAAGCAUCGAAGGGAGCUGUGGACAAUGCUAAGCUCCGAACGAGAAAAACUGGGAAGAUGCUUCUCCAGCGUGAUCAUCGAGCCUGGCUCUGCCUAUGAAGAUCAGAACAAUCCCAAGAUCAACCGAUUCCAAUAUGUCCUCAUCAAAGGAGCAGAUGCUGCAGAAGUAUCAUUUAUCGAUUCUCAGAUUGGGGUUGGAGAACCGAUAGUAAUAUCGGACGAGAAGGGACACUUUGCUCUUGCAAAUGGUUAUGUAACGAAGGUACGAAAGCAUCGAAUUACCGUUGCUGUGGAUCGUCGUCUGCACAAUUCCCGCAUCCGCCAGCCUGGAUUCGACGAACACGAUAACCAAGUAUUCGCAAGCAUCAUGGAAGUAGGAGCAGACGGAUCAAGAAUUGUCGGGUCCGCAAGAAAGAACCCCGAAGAGCCAGUCAAGUACAGACUUGACAAGGACGAAUUUAGCAAUGGUAUGGCUCUCGCCAGGAACAACAUAGUUCAGACAAUGGCAGACGGGCCCUUUGGUUCUCGCCAAAUCCGUGGUCUGGUGGUAGAUCUCAAUGCGCCAAGCUUCAAGACGAAUUCCACCGCAUACGUCUUGAAAGAUCGAGAGAACAUCAAUAUUGACCAGAGGAGAGCCAUUCAAAAGGUGAUGAGCGCUGAGGACUAUGCCCUCGUCCUCGGAAUGCCCGGGACAGGCAAGACCACUACCAUCGCCCAUAUCAUCCGAGCGCUUGUUUCUCAGGGAAAGAGCGUUCUGCUCGCGUCUUACACACAUUCGGCUGUUGACAACAUUCUCCUAAAACUGAAGGAUGAUCAAAUUCCUAUCCUGCGACUAGGCACCUUUGCGAAGAUUCAUCCGGAAGUACGGGAAUUCACAACGCUUGCGGUAGAAAACAAAACUUCAUUCGACGAGAUCAGAAGUGCCUGGCACGACACUCCAAUAGUAGCCACUACCUGUCUCGGCAUCAAUCACGCCAUCUUCAAUGAACGCACAUUCGACUACUGUAUCGUCGAUGAAGCCUCUCAGAUCACCCUUCCUGUCUGCCUCGGACCCAUCCGCCUCGCUCGAACAUUCAUCCUGGUCGGCGACCACAACCAGCUCCCACCACUUGUCCAAAACGAAGAAGCUCGCAUAGGGGGUCUGGAUAUUAGUCUCUUCAAGCAUCUAUCAGACAUGCAUCCGAGUUCAGUCGUCUACCUCGAGCACCAAUACCGAAUGUGCGAAGACGUACAGGCUUUAAGCAACGCCCUCAUCUACGGCGGGCGACUUAAAUGUGGAAAUGCAGAAGUUGCAGCCCGCAGUCUCGAAGUUCCUAACUUCGACGGCCUAAGAAACCGUCACUUCAGCCCCUCUACCAUCUCCCGCAGCCAGAAAUCCAUCUGUCUUGGCGGCUUCAUGAAAGGCAGAUGCUGGAUCCGCGACCUUAUCUCCCCAGAAAUCAAAGUAGCCUUCAUAAAUACCGACCCCUUAGUCCCUCUUUCAAGAGAAGAAUCGAGGGGUAACGGAACCGUCAAUCCCACAGAAGUCAAGCUUUGCGUCCAGCUCGUAGAGUCCCUCCUCAGUGUCGGCGUCCCAGCUUCAAGCAUAGGCGUCAUGACGCACUACCGCUCACAACUUGCGCUCCUGCAACACGGACUCCGCUCACACACUGAUGUGGAAAUGCACACCGCAGAUCGGUUCCAAGGCAGGGACAAAGAAGUCAUCAUCUUGUCACUUGUACGCUCGAAUGAGGCGAAAAGUAUUGGUGACUUGCUGAAGGAUUGGAGGAGAAUCAAUGUAGCGUUUACGCGUGCUAAGAGUAAGUUGCUUGUUGUUGGCUCAAGGGAGACGCUGAAGGGGAAUGGUGAUGAUGAGAUGGUGUCAAAGUUCGUGGGGUUGAUGGAGGAGAAGGAUUGGAUCUAUAACUUGCCUAAUGAUGCGAUGGAUAAUCAUUAUUUUGAAGAGGUUGGCACGCAAGCUACACAGGCUACUGCUAGUGCUGUUAGCAAUCAUGGUGGUACGCAGCUCAAGGGUUUUGAGCAUGGAGAUACCGGUAUGCGGAAAGAGAAAACGAUUACUGGCAAGAGGAAGUUCGGCAGUGAGGCCCAUGGCAAAGAGAAUGCCGGAGGUACGAGACAGCCCAACAAGAGAGUCGUGGGGCAAAAGCCAUUCAAACCACCGGCAAUGUCGGUGAUGGGGAAUAUCCUUAAUGAGGAGUUGGGUUAG